UUCCAAAACCCCCACCUAAUAAAAUUGUAACAAUCAUGUCGAGCAAGAUUCCCGUCGGUGGUGCUGGACGUGGACAAGGUUCCUACAGUGGAGGGGCGUCACCACGUGACAAUAACAAUAAGAAGAAAGCUCCCCCCAAACCAUCAAUGAUUCCACGGCUGGGAAAUGUCAAAGCCAAAAUUGACACCGGACUUGUCCGAAGCGUCCCCAAAAAACCAGCCACAAGCCCAAAACAUGUCAGAAUUGUGGAAAAUGUGGUUGAAACUAAAGGACAAGAAGAACAAGAACAAGUCGAUGUGUCCUCUCCAAUUAUUCAGACCUUUACAUUCGGGGGACAGAAAUCAUCAAACACUUUGUCCGAUGGUGACACCGUCCAACCUCAAAUUGUCAAGAGCAGAUCCUCCAUCCUCAAAGUGACGUCUUCUCAACCCAGGGUGGAAAUCAGGUCGACGGAAAAUGUGAAAUUUCUUGAACCCGAAAAUCAGAAUCGUGUCCAAUUCGACGAUAUCCCAGCAGCACCAUCGAUGACAGAACGUUUUUAUGUUUACGACAAAGAGGAAAAGGAUCGUCUCGACAAAUUACGCGAUGAAGUGCACGCCUUAGAAGCGGAAGUUGAAGGUUUGGAAGGUCCUUUAAAAAUUCCACUAAUGUCCGCCAUUUGUGGACACCUCUCGGAUUUACUCUCGGCCAAAAGUAGUGAAGAGGUCAGACCGGAAAGUAAGAAAAUUUACGACAAAGAGAAAAAACCUGAGGUGAAAGCAAGCCCGGUGAAAGUUACGUCGCCAACAAAGUCACCUAAUCCGUCUGUAGACCAGGUCGGACCACCACAAAUAGGAUAUGACCAUUUGAACUACCAAAACUCCGGACUCGAUCCCUUCUUCGACUUUCCCUUGGAAGAAUGGUUGCCAAGAUCCAGACUGGUCGACGGUGACGAUGAAGGCAACCUGAACUAUGCCCGUUCCUUGUUCAAGACCACUAGUUCCGGGACGACCCAGUCAAUUCCUAAGGAAAACUAUGCCAGCAUUCAGGACGUCACAGCGCCCCCAAUCUUGCACGAAACCGUGUCCGACCCCAAGUUGGGGGAUGACCCCGUCAUCCAGUUCGAGUUGCAGGGGCGACCCUCCAUCUCCGAGGAGCAACCUCCCCCAAUGGAAGUCGAGUCCAGUCCGUCCCUCGACAUUGCUUCGGAGAAGAUUAUUUCCCCCAGAAUUUGUGAGGGGGAUGGGAGUGUCGAAACCUUUCAGACUUUUGGGGAUGGAGUUUCUUCAUCCUCCGAGUGUGAAGUGAUCCGCGUUCCAAAGUCGUUCAACGAUAUCCUUCAAGAAGGCGAGUCGAGAACGAAUCAGCAAAAUUUCGACCUCAUGGAGAAAGAAAUGGACGUUUUUUUAGAAGAGCAAGCUUUACUGGAGGGGCAGAAGGAGGAGGCGGAGGAGGAUCAAGAUCUCGUCAACGGGAACGACGACGACCACCCCGAAAACAACGGAGUUCCAGUAGAAGAACGAACCGAAAUUGAAAAAUCGGAUGUGCAGAAAAUGGAAGAGGUCAAUGAACUCGAAGCUGAGGACGAAGUGGGGCAAGAUCUACUGGAUAAGCCGCAACCUUUAUCCAUCCAAGAGCAGUAUUAUUACACAUCGGAGGAUGAGGAGGCAGAAGGGGCACACGAACCGGAAGUGGAAGCAGGACAGAUAACCGACCCCAUCAUCCUGGACCAACUUUUCCUCCGGGAUUCACCUGCUCACCUUGAAACAGAUCUUGUCCGAUCGGCGACCUACAUUAAUCGGGAACUGGUCAAGUUGCGUUCGGGUGUGCGAGAAUUGCAGGUUUGGAGCACUGUAACAAUGUAUCUUUCCGCCAUGGCCGUAAUUGGGGUCUUGACGAUGGAAAAUUUUCAAGAUUUUAUGAAUUUACAAUUUCCUUCCGACCCUGAACCUCCAAGUUCUUGGUGGGGUUGGAUUUUUGGAAAAGGGACGUGAAUUAACAUGACGGAAAUAUUUUCUUCGAAAAAGUAACAUUUUUUCAGUUGUGGUACGAAAAAUAGUGUAAUAAGUAAAAAGACUGAAAUUAUUGAUCAUUUUGUAAACGUAAAAUUCGAAUGAAUGACAACAAAUACUGUAAAAGGAAUGUCAAUUAAACAUGAUUGAGAUGUAAUAUUCAUUAAA